AUGAGCGGUGUUUGCCUUAAGGAAAUGGAGCACAUGCCCCAGGGUAGAGAGCGAGAGCCGGUCCUAGCCCCAGAGGUCAAGCCGCUCCAGUCCGGAGCUUGUUUCCUGUCCCGGCUCUGGGAUAAUAGCGACGAUGAAGAGGAGGAGCUCGUCCUAAUUCCGGGCGUUAAUCCGCCUACGGAGGAUGAGCUGCCACCCCUCGCACUGCACCAGUACUGCCCCAAGGGACUGAGUAAUCGGGGCGGUAUCCGCGCAGGUGGAGAGGCGAUCCCGCGAGUACCCCGCUUCCCAAGGAGGACAGCGACCGUGCCUCCGCUGCCCGACGGGCCAGUCCCUCCUGUCGAGCAACGCUCCUCACCGCAAGGCUCCAGAAAGGAUUCGAGUCGUUCACCCCCAGGUCGGGACCGGACGAGCUCGAGCACCUCGCGGAGGACCUGCAGGAGCUACUUCGUCUUAGACGAGCUCCUGACCCCUUGCCGACGCCGCCGCUUCCGCCAUCCGUACAACCCCCUUCUCUGCAGCCUGCUACUGAGAAGCAGGCACUUCCUCUAUCCGCGGACCCGGCUCCCGAGCAGGCGCAACGACCGACGCCUGCGCAGCCGCCUCCGCUGGCAACUACGGCCCUUGAGCCCGGGCCGCCCUCUGCGCUGCCUUCCUGCAGAGGCGCCCCCUCUGCAGCCGCCUGCUGCAGCUCCCGGGCAGGCGCCCCCUCUGCAGCCGCCUGCUGCAGCUCCCGGGCAGGCGCCCCCUCUGCAGCCAGCUCCUGUUCCUGACCGUGUUCCAGUUCCUGACCGCGCUCCAGCUCCUGCAGAGGCACCCCCUCUGCAGCCGCCUGCUGCAGCUCCCGGGCAGGCGCCCCCACUGCAGCCACCUGCUGCAGCUCCCGGGCAGGCGCCCCCACUGCAGCCACCUCCUGUUCCUGACCGCGCUCCUGUUCCCGACCGCGCUCCUGUCCCUGCAGAGGCGCUCCCACUGCAGCCACCUGCUGCAGCUCCCGGGCAGGCGCCCCCACUGCAGUCACCUGCAGCUCCUGUCAGCGCUCCAGUUCCUGACCGCGCUGCAGCAGCUCCCGAGGCGCCCCCUGUGACAGUUUCUCCCUCGCCCCGGCGAACUCGACCCCAACCUGGGGUCAUGUCUGUGUCCCGUAAAGGGAGGGGACACAGACGCAGGGCUGGGGUCCCGCCCGCCCUGCCCCCUGGCUCGCCCUGCCUCGCCUGCGCUGGGGCUCGGUUGGCGCCUGCGGGUCCUGGCCCUCCGGGUCGGCUGUCGCCUGCGGGUCCCUCUCCGGUGCCUCGUCGCCCUGCCUCGCUCCCCUCUCCGGGUCCUGGUCGGUCGCCUGGGGGUUCUCCGACGGCGGCUCCUCGGUCGCCUGCGGGGCCCCUACCUCCGGCCCUCCCCCGGACGUCGCCGCCUGCUGCGGCUCCC